AUGUCGAACAAAAUAGAGGGCUUCAACUUCGAUCAGAGGCAUGGCAAGCAGAGGGUGAGGGUGGCUAGGGUUUGGCGGAGCGAAAAUGGACGCCAUUCCAUCGUCGAAUGGAACGUCGGCAUCAGCCUCUUCACCGAUUCGGUGGUUGCCUAUACCCGCGACGACAACUCCGAUCUCGUCGCUACCGAUACCAUGAAGAACACUGUAUAUGCAAAGGCUAAGGAAUGUGUAGAAGAACUGUCAGUGGAAGACUUUGCAAUUCGACUUGCUAAACACUUCACAUCUCUUUACCAGCAGGUCACUGCUGCUAUAGUAAAGAUUGUGGAGAAGCCAUGGGAGCGUGUAUCCAUCGAUGGUCAACCACAUGAACAUGGUUUCAAAUUAGGAUCCGAGAAGCAUACAACAGAGGUAAUUUUAAAGAAAUCUGGUGCAUUGAAGGUGACUUCUGGUAUUGAAGGAAUGGCUCUGCUAAAGACAACAAAGUCAGGUUUUGAGGGAUUUAUUAGGGACAAAUACACAGCUCUUCCUGACACGCGUGAGAGGAUUCUGGCUACAGAUCUCACUGCAUCAUGGACGUAUCCGUACGAAUCUAUUUAUAGCAUCCCUCAAAAGCCACUAUACUUCACAGAAAGAUACUUGAGUGUGAAAAAAGUUCUGGCUGACACUUUCUACGGUCCUCCAAAAGGAGGAGUAUACAGCCCCUCUGUCCAAAGCACUCUUUAUCACAUGGCAACAAAUGUUCUCAAGGGGUUUCCUGACAUAGCAACAGUACAACUGAAAAUGCCAAAUAUUCAUUUCUUACCUGUUAAUCUAUCUAACAAGGAUAAUACUAUUGUGAAGUUUGAGGAUGAUGUUUAUCUCCCAACAGAUGAACCGCAUGGAUCGAUAGAAGCUACUCUAAGCCGUUUCUGGUCAAAGAUGUAG